GUAAAAUUCAAUCGUUAGGGCAGUAUACAGUCGGUUCAUUGCGAAACUUGGAAAGACCCACUUUUUGAAUGAGGAUAAUCGAGUAGUGACGGCCAGUCGUGAGACAACCUGUACACAGUACAUAGAUUAAAAAAAGAGGAAGGCACAUCUUCGAGGAUGUACAUUGUCCUCAAUAAUAGUGCUCAAUACUGUCUCUUACGCCGCGUAGUGGCAGUGGACACAUGUUCUCUUUUUUUGUCUCGUUUCAGUUUGUUUGUUUAGUCGAGAGAGAGGAGUUUACAUUUAGUUGUCAGCGCGAAUGGGAUUUUUCCCAUUUGAAAGAAACAAAUGGAUUUUAUAACGACAAUGUAUGAUAUUUGGGAGGAGAAAAUUCUACAAACUCUAAAUUUGAGCGGAAUUAAACAUCGAGAAAAUGCAAACUCAGGCCUAUGGUUGGGACCUUUAAUAGGUCUGUGCGCAGCAGCUACUAUUCUCAGGGAGGAAAAUAGUUAUUCUGAAAUAUGUUUGAUCGUGGGAAUAACCGGUGUAGGACUUGUAAUAAGUUGUCUAUGUUUAUAUACUCGACUCUGGUUAUUGAGCGAUAAAACAGAUGUACGAGAUUUCCAAAUUUUAUAUUUUCUGCCUUCUGGUGUAUCUUCCAUGCUUUUUCUACUAUGGGCCAACAAAGGACUGCUGGCAAGCGUAUCCUGGGGUUUGGGAGUCGGGACAAUGAGCACAUGGGGUGUUGUUCAAACAAUGUCUUGUUUUCCCGGUUGUUUUACAAUCGGCGAAGCUACCACAGUCAUGCACGGCAUUAUAUUGUUUAUCCUGUCAGCCGUAACUAAUUUACCCCUCAGAUACCAUUUGCCACCUAUCCAUGAUGACGAUAUCGCUACCACGAUACUCCAAGUGGGCAUGCUCUACGUGGCUCUAAACUGCCUUCUGUGUGGAUUUUUCCCAAAACUGAGGUCAACAAAAAAUUUCUAUUUGUUGAUUGUCGGCGGUCUGGCACUUUUGCUUGUGCCGGUACUUCAUAUUUUAUUGGACAGAAGCCCAUUGGUUUGGAUCGUUUUAUACGUAUUUGGGAGUUUAACAACGAUUAUUCUUCUCUUGUACUGGGCCUUUUGUUUGGUACUGGGCAUCGGUGUUUUGGCUUAUCAAAUUCUAUUAAGCUCACACGCGACGAGUGUAACUCGUAAAAGUUUCCACUUGUUGGCAGUACUUGUUUACGUUCCCGGCUUCAUAUGGCAGCCGACCUUUCUCCAUUUGGCCAGCGGUAUUGUAAUGGGAUUGUUCGUCAUGCUGGAACUCAUGCGAUUUUUCCGUAUCCCUCCACUGGCAGAAGCCCUUGAAAAAGGAUUUUCGGUGUUCGCUGAUGAAAAGGAUUCGUCGAUAUCUCUGACGCCUCUGUAUCUUUUGGCCGGUAUUUCAUUUCCUCUUUGGAUGCCAACGACUCAUCUCGAGUUGCUGCCACUUAUGAGUGGCGUUUUGACGGUUGGCCUGGGGGACUCGGCUGCCAGUUUUUUCGGAACUAAAUGGGGAAAGAACAAAUGGCCUGGCUCAGAAAAAACCAUCGAAGGCACCGCAGCUUGUAUUGCUUCCCAAUUGCUAUUUAUUUAUAGUCUCGGAGCAUUCGGUUUUACGAACGGUUUUUGGCCCUUGGUCCGAGGAACCUUGGCAGUUACUGGAAUAUCAUUGGUCGAGGCGAGAACCAACCAAGUUGACAAUUUGGCACUGCCGCUUCUAAUGUACUUCUGUCUUGUUAUUUAACACGAUAAGGGUUCAAGAAGACUCACACGUUUUACACGCGUUUACCAAAAAUGAAAAAAAUGUAUCGAAAUAUGGGAAUGUUCCCAUAGGAAAAUCUCAUAAAUUACAUUGCAAAGCACACGUUUGAAAAACGCUAAAAGAAACAACAGAGAUAAAGAAAAAAAUCUUACUAACUCGUUGAGAUGUAUUGAAGGAUAUACCGAUCAAUUUGAAAAUCUGAGUCUAGCAAAGUCGAGACUCGUAACACCACUUUCAAGACGGUAAACUGCGCCAGUUUCGAACAAAACAUAAUAACAGUAAUCUCAAUAGAUAACCGUGUCUCGAUGGCUAAAAAUGGUUGUACGAUUAUAAUUUAAUAUUACUAUCGUUAUUAUUGAUAAUUUUCAAACGACUGACGUUUACACUUUACAUUAGAAAAUAUUUUUCAGUUGUUGUCUGUGAAUAUAUAUCAAGUAUAUGUAAUUUAAGCGGUGUUUGGUAGAAUAACAAGUUUUUUUCGUUGUUAUUUGUCACGGAUGUUGAAGUUUGCAUCGAUCGAGGACUCAAAAAGGUUUCCUGCGCUUUGAGUUGUUGAAAUAUUCUGACACUCAAGUUCUCUAGCUCCAAAAAGUGUCUGACCAAUUUCCAUAAAGUUGUGUAACACUUUAUCUGGAAAAUUAUAAUAAAAAAAAAAAAACAAGCUACUGUCAUAAGAAACGAUGCGAACUUCAGUAACGCGUGAUUAUAGUCCGCUCAUUUUGUUUAAAUGUACAAAAUUUCUAUCGACCGAUCGUACAAGAGAGUGGCGAAAUAUUGUUGUUAAUUAUUGUUCCAAAUAACACAAUUAUUUUCAUAUGUAUGCAUAUAUAUAAUAUAUAAAUAAGCGUUGUUCUUACACACCGUAUGGUAAGCAUUACAUAGAAGAGAAGAAAGAUAAAACCGGUACCAUUGAGAAUUCAACGAAGCACAAAGACAAUCGAUCCUCAGAUUUGAACAUUCUCGUGCUCCAAUAACUUUUUGCAUUCCCAAUAAUAGUGAGCACUGUCUCGAGGCCUUUUUUAUACACAAUUCGUAUUGCGCGAUUCGACGAAUACGAUGAUAAAUAUUUUUAUACAGGAAUUCUUACCUUGGCCAUUUAUAUCCGAUGAUGUUGGAAAAAUGUCCUCGAGCGUCUUUGAGUUUUGAAUUGAUGUGUAUGCAGGAUUAUUACGCGGAGUUAUAACGCUCGUCUCAAUUGAUUUCUCUCAAUUUAAAAAAAAAACACAAAUGUAAUUGAGUUGCGUUUAAUUCCAACGUCGAAUUUCUGUGUAUGAUGGCACAUGUUUUUGUCAAUGGCUCCUACGAGCCAGUUAAAUUAAUGAAGUUUCAUUAUCUUUAUCAUAAGCUUUAUUCCAAUUAGAAUAGAACGAGUGACGACUCGUUAUUUAUUUUCGAACUACGAUUUGUGCCAAUAUGUUGAAAAAAACUUCACCUUUCAGAUAUCCAACGUUAAUUCAAUUGAUGUUUAAUAUUUGCUGUGAAAUAUAAGAUUUUCAUGUACACCACA